GGUUUUCCAACCGCACCACGCUCCGGUUGCAGUUCCCCGGCAUCUGCAGCACAGUAUCAGGUGCGGGGCUUCAGGGGGCGGAGCCACACCGCCAGGUCACGCCCCCUGCACUACUGCGCUCCGUCCUGAGGAAAAAAAUCCCACUAAGGAGCGCUAGGUCUGCCCGUCACCGCACACUGCGAGAAAAAUAUGAUCCCGAGAAGAGCGACUCCUGCGCUUCAACACUUCACACAACAAUCCCAGUAGAAAUCACAAACCACCGCUGAGUCUUUGAACUAUUUUUUUCUCCGUUCUCAAUUUUUUUCUCUCUCUCUGCGCUGGAUCUUUCGUGUAAGAAAAUGUGUGUGGAGAGCGAUGGAUGCGAGAUUGAAGGCUGCAGCAGUUCGGAUGAGGUGCGCACGCUGUCGGGCAGCAUGAGUCCUGCGCUGAAAUCCAACCCGGACCUUCACCCCUGCAAACCGGGCCAGAAAUUCCGUGCAGCGCUGCUCCGAUGCCGCUCACCGGCUGCUGCCGCCGGGAUCCUCAGUUUUGGGAACGUCCUCAAUUACAUGGAUAGAUGCACCGUAGCCGGUGUUCUGCAAGACAUCCAGCGGAAUUUCGGUCAGACGGACAGCGGAGUCGGCUUGUUGCAAACAGUCUUCAUCUGCAGCUUCAUGGUGGCAGCUCCCAUCUUUGGUUACCUGGGCGACCGCUUCAACAGAAAGGUCAUCCUGAGCUGUGGCAUUUUCUUCUGGUCCACCAUCACUUUGCUGAGCUCCUUCAUCAGUAAAGAGUACUACUGGCUGUUUGUUCUCUCCAGGGGACUUGUGGGUAUCGGAGAAUCCAGCUACUCCUCCAUCUCUCCCACCAUCAUAGGAGACCUGUUCACUAAUAACAGCCGCACCAUGAUGCUGUCUGUCUUCUACCUGGCCAUCCCACUGGGAAGUGGUUUGGGUUACAUCCUGGGCUCCAGCGCCAAGGUGGCUGCAGGAGACUGGCACUGGGCACUGAGGGUGUCCCCAGUUUUGGGCAUCACUGCAGGAACCCUGAUCCUUCUCUUCGUGCCCGAGCCAAAGAGAGGCAGCGCGGACCAGAUGGGACGCAUCAAGACCCGAACCUCCUGGCUCUGUGACAUGAAGGCACUCGCCAGAAAUCGGAGCUACGUGUUCUCCUCCCUGGCGUCUUCGUCAGUGUCUUUUGCCACAGGAGCGUUUGGUAUGUGGAUCCCUCUGUACCUGGCCAGAGCCCAGGUGGUGCAGAAGACUGCAGAGGCCUGUACAAAGGAGAUCUGCAGCAGCACAGACAGCCUUAUCUUCGGGGCGAUCACCUGUGUGACGGGUCUGUUGGGCGUGGUCAUCGGGGCGGCCACCACACGCCUGUGCCGCCAAAAGACGGAGCGAGCCGACCCGCUGGUGUGUGCCGUCAGCAUGCUGGGCUCAGCCAUCUUCAUCUGCCUCAUCUUCGUGGUGGCCAAGAAGAGCAUCGUAGGAGCUUAUGUUUGCAUCUUUAUCGGAGAGACGCUGCUUUUCCUUAACUGGGCCAUAACAGCAGACAUUUUAAUGUUUGUCGUCAUCCCCACGAGGAGAGCCACGGCGGUCGCCUUUCAGAGCUUCACCUCUCAUCUCCUGGGAGACGCAGGAAGUCCGUACCUGAUAGGCCUGAUCUCCGACGCCCUUCAGCAGAGCUACGCUACGUCAGCGCUGUGGCGGUUCCUCAGUCUGGGCUAUGCCCUCAUGCUCUGUCCCUUUAUCAUCGUCCUGGGGGGCAUGUUUUUCCUGGCCACUGCGCUGUUUUUCCUGGAUGACCGGGAGAAAGCCGAGAAACAGUUGAGCCAGCUGACACGACCACCCUCCUCAGUCAAGGUAUGACCAGGUGACAGCCACAUGAGGAGCCGUCUGAAGGAGCAACCAAACUCAAUAAGGAUGACAAAAUGGAGAUAAAAAGCGAGGGCAGCUGUUCCACUUCUUUAAAACCACGUCCAUGUUCUCCUCACCGCCGUCACCGCCAUCCUCCUCCUCCUCCUCCUCCUCCUCCUCUUGGCUCCUGCUGCUCUUCCUUUCUACACUCUCAUAGAGGCCGCUCAGAACUGGAAUGAGGGAGCGUCUUGCCCCUCCUUGAAACGUCUCUAAAUCACAGGUCGGUGAGAAGGCGCACAGCGGUGUGCCAAAGCCCGCCGACCGACAGCUGGUGUCCUCGUCACCUCUGUCUGCGAGGAUCCGCUGAACCUUCCAGGGAGGAGGUGGGGCGGCGAAACCCCCCCGUGACCCCUCUGACUCCUGAUGCCAUACUACUGAAUGCUGACCAUGAACCUGCCCUGUCUGUCUGCUCGUCUGUCUCUAUGUGUCUGUCUGUCUUUCUGUCUGUCUGUUACAUCGGCUGUCAAUCUGCACCAAGUGCCAUAGCGUCAUUACAUUCCUUCAGACUUUGCACUGACCACCAACAUCCCUCAUGACUUCUUCACAGACUGUGUUUACAUGCACACUAUAAUUCAGCUGUUGGCUAUAUGAUUAGUGUGAUUAAGCUGUUUAUAUUUGCUAGAAAGUAGAAGCAGCCUCAUCUGUAAACUGCAGUCAUAAAGCUCCUAUUGGUGUUGCUCCCAUGCAAAUUAUCCACAAUUCAUUUUGCUCUGUAAACAGACAGAAGCUGUACAAAAAAUUCAAGUUAUGUGCAGGAAUUUAAUUCUCAGUGUCUCCAAAAUGUGACAAAUAUCAGAUUACUCUGCACAUAUUAAUGGCAGUAUUAACAACGUCUAACAUAAAUACAAUGUUUACAUGAUAAAUGCAGUAUUCUCAUAAUCCUUCGAUGUUUAGCUGUGCAUGUAAACAUAGCCGUUACACCAAGAGCCAAAAAGUGUUACUGUCUGACGGUCAGUGAAUCAGCCUUAAGAAUUGGAGCUUUCUCAUCAACAGCUGUUUCUUUUGACCCCCACAUGUGUUUUUUUAUGUUUAGCUUUUAGCACUUACAUCAGCGUAGACAGUGCCAGAGAACAGGACAGAGAUGAGAGAUUUCUGCACAUUAUUUUUCACAAGAAACUUCUUUCUUGUGCUUUUUUAUUUUUUUUAACUUUUGUGUGUGUGAUGUUGGAUUUGAAACUGGAGGUUUCUGCCUAUGAUUGUUUCAGAAGGACGAUGAUGCAAUCAGGGCGAUUUAAAGCGGACACUGGACUAUAUAUUUUAUAAUUUAUAAUGUACAUGCUUUUCCCAAAAGUACUCUUUUAAGGAGUAGCACCUGUGUUUUUGUGUACAUGAGAAGCAAUACAAACAUUUUUUGAGGAAACCAACCUUUUUAUCCACACUGCCUUAUCAGUGAGCGAGGUUAGGUAGGUAGGUAGCUCUCUGAUGGUUGGUUUUGAAUUUCUGGACACAACUCCCACACAGAGACGGAGUCGCUUUUAAUGAUGGAUUCCAGUCCGGUCCACACCGGUAACAAUAGCAGGCUUUGUGAAAAGAAACCUUUCACCCCCUCGAAAUUGUAGAUAUCCCAUUCCACGAUUAGAAGAAAGGAGCUUUUAGAAGAGCUGGAGUCACAGUUGUCAGUUUAUUACUGGGCGAAAUCAAAUUCCCAGACAGGAACAGGAAAUCCUUCCACCCCAAGUUAGACUGAUGGUGAGCUCUAAUUGUUGAUAAGAGAGGAAUCCCCCUUUGAAACCAGACCAGCAUGUGCUCAGAUGUCACUGCAGGAGCUGAAGUCCCAUUUAGUACCUGCACCAGAGAAAAAAACGUUCCCACUCACCAAAUACUGAAGCUUGGUCAGUGCCCCUCGGUGUGAGAAAGAGGCACAAAAGGAACUUUUUAGCUUCUAUAUGAGGCUCACCAAUGUUCAACUAACUCCGAUGUAAACCCAUCCAUGUCAUUAUUAGAUGCCCAAUGCAACUAACGCCAUAUAAAGAGCGUAAAGUCCGUCUAAGGUGGAUGGAAUUGGUUGCAGAAGGGUUAAACACAGGAGAACAUUUUGAACCAGUCUGGAGUCAUCAUGCAGGAAUGAUCAGUGGAGCUGCGGUAUCAAGUCCCCGACCACACACUCGCAAGUCAGUUACAGCUGUCAAUCACGACACCCCAGUUUUAUAGCAUCAAAUGACUAAAAAAAGCAAAUGUGUCUGAACAAUGAACUCUUGAACAAACAUCAGGGCAAUAAUUUUUUUAAAUGACAGAAACCGUCUUUGGGAAAAAAUGGAUGUGGAUGUGUACUUGGGGGCGGGGUUUAUAAACUAUACUGCAGCCCACCACUAGGGGGUGAACAACAUGUUUUGGUUUCACUUUAUGGGGGCUACCAGGCCGCCUAUCUUUAUAUACAGUCUAUGUUUGAAACCAAAAAUUGACAAUGUUGAUACAUGUAGAUAUGUAAAACAAUCGUAUUAUCUGUAACCUAUGACACCUUCAUAGCUGCGUCCAGUAGUUAUGUAAGAAAGUAAUUAUUUAAGCCCAAACCCUGUUCUUAUAUCCUAACCCUAACCAAGGAUUGUUGUUACCUAAACUGUGCGUUUCCUGGGAACACAAAAGUUCAUUUUUAAAAAAGUCACUAUGCAUUUAACAAACAGAAAAAGACAAACCGUUCCUGACACAUCCAAACCUGAUGCUAGAGGGAUACCCAGAGUGUCAUAUUUUGAAGUGCAGUGCCACUGACCAAGCUUCAGUAUUUGAUGAUUUUGCUUAGUUACAGUAUUUGCAUUUUAUUUGUAAUUAUGCAACUUGAUUGCCCCCACAGAGAAGUAAAAAAAAAACUCUGCCAGUUGCUUGUACAUACAUAAAUUUCAGCAAAACCUUCAUUAAAAGCUCCCCUGAAGGAUAGUUUUGUCGUAUUUUACCUGGUGGAUACAAUUUAACUGAAACCUUGAAGCCACUAAUGGAGUCAAAGGUUUUAAAGCUGGCGCAUAAAGGGAAAAAAAGCACUUUGCAGACCUCCAAGAAAACACAGAAGGAGGAGGAUGGAAUGACCUUAGCGGAGGAAUAAAGGGAAACGUCGAGGUGGUUUUUGUAGCAUUGAUGUGUGAGCAUGACUCACUGGCUGUGUGUGGGGUGCUGUGUGGGCUGUGUCCUUGUUGCCAGAUCAUUAGCUUUAGCUUCUCUCCAACUGCGUGGAGCUCUCUGAAUGUGACUCUGUCCAACCUGACGUGUUUACACACCUACAUCUUCUUAAUGAACUAAGCUUCUUACCUUCCUUUUAUUGAUUUUCUUUUUUUCUUAUUGUUACCAAAUGAUUUUGUAAUAACUUACAAUAGAGAUAUAUAUAGCUAUAUCACGCAGCAACUUUAAUAUAUUGUAAAUGAUGGCUUGGAUGCAAUGUAUUUAUUUGUUUGUUACCAUAAUGAAGAAUACUCUAUAAAGGGAAGUUUAAGGUUUGUGUAUACACUUUGUUGUAUGUCUUUUGGGUUUAGAUGCCCUGUUUGUCCAUCCUUUUGUAUCACAAUGAAACAACACAAUACCUUUUUACAUCACUAAGAUUCCUCCUAUUUACUGUGAUCAUGAAUUGGACAUCUCACACAUAUUACACACAAAAGGAACUGCAAUGUGAUGGUUUUAAGGCAACAUAUUGGUCUCAUGUUUAGGGUGUAAUACUUUUGCAUCCAUUUUUGUAGCUCUUGUAAAUGUUUUUUUUAACUGAUCAAACCAUUUUGCACACUUAAUGUUCAGGGAUUUAUUUGAACCAUAGCCUAGCAUCAACUCCGCAGCCUCUGCCACUUCAUGCUCACAGUGCAGUACGUGCUGACAUAUUGUCAUCGAUCAUGAGAAGGGGCGUUGGCUCUGGUCAGAUGGGUCAUGAAUUGAGUUUCACUUUUUUUUUUUUUUUUUUUGCCAAAUUUAGUUGAUUUAGCACCAAUCCUUUAGGAGUAUAAGUCCGAGUAAUUCUAUGUUAAUAAUCACUGAAGUGAUGUAUUGAGAAUGUGCUAUUUCUUGUCAUACAAGAAUCAUGUAUAAAGAAACCUAUUUCUGAUGUUGAGCAGAAAACAGAGGUUAUUUUUAUUUUUAGAGCAAGUCAAUACAAGAGAAGUGUAGAGAAAUCAAAAGAUAUUAUUGUAGAACUGAACUGUGAUGCUCCCUCGGGGGGUUGAUAGGAAAUGUACAUGUCUGUAAAUCAAAUAAACCUAUUUAAUCACUUCA